AUGUUAAUAUUUCGUCGUUUGUGCCUUUUUUUCGGGGGAGGAGGAAAAAUGGGAUUUUUUUGUUUUCAGUUUGGUAAAAGGAAUACGUCACCGGUGACGACGCAAUCAGGUGAAAGAAAUUCGGCAACGUUAAAUUCAUCAUCGGUGGCAUCGAAUUCAUCAGAAGAUGAAGACUGUAACGUAGAUGAUAACGUGGAUGAUGACGUGGAAUCAUCAGCGGGUAGCAUCGUAGACGUGGAAAGAGAUGGCGAAAGUAGAAGUCCGACACCAUCAUCGGACAUUGCAAAUAAUUUAAUAGAAAGUAGAAAAUUAGACGUGGGUUCAGCAAGGUUUAUGCUAGGAGAACCGACACCGGUCCCGCCCGUGCGUCCGACACCUUUCAGUGCUUUAGCAGCGGCAGCAGCCGCAUACAGCGCAGGUCUACAACAGCAUUCUGCGCCUGGUCCUUGGGCGGCCCUUAGUCAUUAUCCCGGAGCCUUGUUUCCUGGAGCUGGACUUCCACCGGGAGCUUUCGGUGGGGGUUUAACCGGAUCCUCCGUUCGUUCGUUGGCCUUUAAGUUUUUAAAAAAAAAUUUACGACAAAUCGAAUUUUAUAAAUAA